CUGUUGGUUGGGCGGCAGAGGAGGAGGAGCUGGAAGUCGCUGCCGCCUCCGCCUGGGUGAGGGCCCGUCAGGUCGAGCUGCCGCUGAGGCGAGACAAUGGAGGAGGCCUGGCCGGGGCGCCGGGCGGGCGGCCUGAGGGGGCGGCUGCGGGACAAAGAGAACGAGGGCGGCGGCGGCGGCGGCGGCACCAUGGCGGCGGUCACGCCCGAGCUCUUCGAGGAGCCCUUUGCGGCGGAUGAGUACAUUGAACGCCUGGCAUGGAGGACUCCUGGCGGAGGUUCCCGAGGUGGCAUGGAAGCUUUUGAUCCCAAAAGAUUACAAGAAGAGUUUGUGAAUCAUAUCAAUGAGCUGAAGUUGCUGGAUGAGCGAAUCCAGAGAAGGGUGGAAAAGUUAGAGCAGCAAGUCCAGAGAGAAGCCAAAGAAUUCGCCAAGAAAGUUCAAGAGCUUCAAAAAAGCAACCAGGUUGCCUUCCAACACUUCCAAGAACUAGAUGAGCAUGUCAGCUACGUAGCAACUAAAGUCUGUCACCUUGGCGACCUGCUGGAGGGGGUCAACACGCCCCGGCAACGGCUAGUAGAGGCUCACAAACUGAUGAAGUACUUUAAUGAGUUUCUAGAUGGAGAGCUGAAGUCUGAUGUUUUCACCAACCCUGAAAAGAUUGAAGAGGCGGCUGAUAUUAUCCAGAAGCUGCAUCUGAUAGCACAGGAAUUACCUUUUGACAGGUUUUCUGAAGUAAAAUCCAAAAUAGCAAGUAAAUACCAUGAUUUAGAGUGCCAACUAAUCCAAGAGUUCACCAGUGCGCAAAGAAGGGGACAGAUCUACAGGAUGAGAGAAGUAGCAGCCGUCUUGCUUCACUUUAAGGGCUAUUCCCACUGCGUUGAUGUGUAUAUAAAACAGUGCCAAGAGGGUGCCUACUUGAGGAGUGAUAUCUUUGAAGAUACUGCUAUUCUCUGCCAGAAUGUGAACAAACAAGUUGGAGAUAUAUUUAGCAGUCCAGAGACCGUAAUGGCCAAACUUAUCCAGAAUAUCUUUGAAAUCAGACUUCAGAGUUAUAUAAAGGACCAGUUGGAAGAACAUAAGAAAUCAGAUGCAGAACAGUAUCUCCAGAGCCUCUAUGAACUAUAUACAAGGACUACUAAUCUUUCAAGCAAAUUGAUGGAGUUUAACUUGGGCACUGAUAAGCAGACUUUCUUGUCUAAGCUUAUCAAAUCCAUCUUCGUUUCCUACUUGGAGAAUUACAUUGAGGUGGAAAUUGGUUAUUUGAGAAGCAGGAGUUCCAUGAUUUUACAGCGCUAUUAUGAGUCAAAAAAUCAUCAAAAGAGAGCCAUUGGGAGUGGAGGCAUUCAAGACCUCAAGGAGAGAAUACGGCAACGGACAAAUUUGCCCCUGGGCCCAAGUAUUGAUACUCAUGGCGAAACUUUCCUGUCCCAGGAUGUAGUAGUUAAUCUCUUACAAGAAACAAAACAAGCAUUUGAAAGGUGUCACAGGCUUUCUGAUCCUUCAGAUUUGCCGAAGAAUGCCUUCAGGAUUUUCUCUUUGCUCGUAGAUUUCUUGUGUAUCGAGCACAUUGAUUAUGCUCUAGAAACUGGGCUGGCUGGCAUUCCUUCACCAGAUGCCAAAACUGCAAAUCUUUAUUUCCUGGACGUUGUGAACCAGGCAAAUACUAUUUUCCAUCUCUUUGACAAACAGUUCAAUGACCAUCUGAUGCCAUUGGUUAGCUCUUCUCCAAAGCUCUCUGAAUGCCUUCAGAAGAAAAAGGAUAUCACAGAACAGAUGGAGGUGAAACUGGACAUGGGCAUAGAUAGGACGCUGAAUUGCAUGGUUGGACAGAUGAAGCACAUCUUGGCGGCUGAACAAAAGAAGACCGAUUUCAAACCAGAAGAUGAGAACAAUGUUCUGAUUCAGUACACUAAUGCCUGUGCCAAAGUCUGUGCGUAUGUCAGGAAGCAAGUGGAAAAGAUCAGGAAUUCUAUGGAUGGUAAGAAUGUAGACAGCGUUCUGAUGGAGUUUGGCGUUCGUUUCCACCGGCUGAUUUAUGAACACCUGCAGCAAUAUUCCUACAGCUGCAUGGGCGGCAUGCUGGCAAUCUGUGAUGUGGCUGAAUACCGGAAGUGCGCCAAAGAGUUCAAGAUUGCGUUGGUACUGCAGCUUUUUGACACGCUCCACUCCCUUUGCAACCUCCUCGUCGUCGCUCCGGACAACUUGAAGCAGGUCUGCUCCGGGGAGCAGCUGGCUAUUCUGGAGAAGAACAUCCUCCACUCCUUCGUCCAGCUCCGCCUUGACUACAGAUCAGCCCGUCUCGGCCGCCACUUCAGCUGAGAGUGCGGAAGCAGCGAAACCAAGCAGAGGCUGGGACUUGGCUCACUAGACAGCACAGUGGUGGCAGCUUUUGAGAAGGGGACGGGACGGGAGGUGGUCCAGGGUGGGGGUCCGGGGUCCUCAGAACAAAAACUUCAGCCAUAACUUAAACUGGGCCUUUCCGUUGCGCUCUUUCCAUCUUCCUUGUGAAAUAAACAGUCGCCCGAGCUCACGGUUCUGCAAGA